AUUUGACAAAAGUACAAAACGAUCCAAUUACACUGCUAGUAGAAGAUGGCAAGCCACCUCCAUUUUUUACCCCCUUCUAAAACCUUAUCUCUUUCAGUUAUCCUCGGCCAUGGCGUCUCUACUGCUAGCAUCACCUUCUCCACUCUCCGUUCAAUUGCACAAUUCCACCUGUCACCUUUCCUUCUCUCACUCCCAAACUCUUUCCUCACCGCUCUCCACUUCCUUUCCUUCUCUCUCAGCCUCUGCAACCACCACUCUCUCCCCAACCCCUUCUGUGUACUGUGGCAGAGGGGACAGGAAAACUGCAAAGGGAAAGCGCUUCGCUCAUUCAUUUGGAAAUGCGAGGCCAAAGGACAAGAAGAAGGGUAGAGGGCCACUGAGGCCUUAUGCUCCACCGGCACCUUCCAAAAAAGACAGGUUCGAAGAUAAUGAGGUGGUGAAGAUUGAAAUUGACGAGUCUCUCUUUUCUGGUUGAUUUUGGUGGUGAAUUGUAAUUUUGUGUCUUCCAUGGUUUAGUUGUUGAUAUAUGAUUCCAUUGUGACAUACACAAUUCGGCUUGUGCUUAUGCUAUAUCAGUUUUCAAUUUUUAUUGCCCUUAAUCGAGGUCAAUGUGCUUUCUUUA